GAGUCAGAGGCGGGACCCGGUGGAUGGAUGACUGGAGUUUCCCUUGCGGUUUGAAGAUUAAUGGAAGGGGUCUGUUGAUCUUAGGAAUCGACUGUCAGAUGGUCGGUCCCAGGAAACCAUUGCACUUGAUGCCUGGUUUAGAAACGAAUGGAGAGAGAUCAAUUUAAAAUAACCAUCAGCGGCAAAAGUGAAUUACCUGGACACCACUUUUGUUAUCCAGGUCUCAACUGAAAAGGCCUGCCUACACAGAAAUAGCACCUGGUUAGUUCAGGCCAGGAUACGACUGCGAGGGAAGCUAAAAGCUAACGCUAGCUUGCUCGUUAGAUAGACGAAAAAAACAGCUUUCGACGACGUGUCUAAUGGUCUGGACUGGAUUUUGGAUACAUUAAACCGUUUGUGGAAAUAAAGGACAACCGUGUUCCAUCUUGAUUUGCCGGUGCUCGCUUGGGAAAUUGACGAGCUAACAUUACAAAGCUAACAUCUACUGGCCAUCUCUGCUAGAGUUAGCCAGCGUGCUAGCUUAGCUAACCAAAGCGUUAGUGUUAGCUGCAGACUUGGAUAUACACCCUUUGUUGGAGUUUUCUGAACUCCCUAAAGAGCGGUGUUGGAGGAAACAUAUUUAACGUUACGCAAAGUUGUCAAUAAUGAUAGCCGCUAGCUAGUAGCUAGCUGUCAGCGUCAUUGAGACCAGCGACUGCGUUAGCGGUAUAGCGUCACUCAACGACUUGUAAAGGAAAACUCAGUCCAAGCCCAGGUACUCCACCAUCAGCCUGCAAUCAUGGGCAACACGCCCACUGCAAAGAAGGGCAAUGAGAUGGAAAGCGUGAAGGAGUUUCUUGCCAAAGCCAAAGAAGAUUUCCUGAAGAAAUGGGAGAAUCCAGCCCAGCAAACUGCAGCAUUGGACCACUUUGAGCGUUUGAAGACCUUAGGCACUGGUUCGUUUGGUCGAGUCAUGCUGGUUAAACACAAAGAUUCGGGCCAGCAUUUUGCCAUGAAAAUACUUGACAAACAGAAGGUAGUGAAGCUGAAGCAGAUCGAACACACACUGAACGAGAAACGUAUCCUGCAAGCUGUGAGCUUUCCCUUUCUGGUGCGACUGGAGCACUCUUUUAAGGACUACAGUAAUCUGUAUAUGAUAAUGGAGUAUGUACCUGGCGGCGAAAUGUUCUCACACUUAAGGAGAAUCGGUAGAUUCAGUGAACCACACGCCCGCUUCUACGCAGCCCAGAUUGUACUGACCUUCGAAUACCUUCACUCGCUGGAUCUCAUCUACCGAGAUCUUAAGCCAGAGAACCUGCUCAUUGACCAGCAAGGUUACAUACAGGUAACAGAUUUUGGAUUUGCAAAAAGGGUGAAGGGCCGAACCUGGACACUUUGUGGGACCCCUGAGUACCUGGCACCAGAGAUCAUCCUCAGUAAGGGUUACAAUAAAGCAGUGGACUGGUGGGCUCUGGGAGUGCUGAUAUAUGAGAUGGCUGCCGGUUACCCCCCCUUCUUUGCUGACCAGCCUAUUCAGAUUUACGAGAAGAUUGUAUCAGGGAAGGUUCGCUUUCCCUCCCACUUCAGCUCAGACCUGAAGGAUCUGUUGAGAAAUUUGCUGCAGGUGGACCUGACCAAGCGCUUUGGAAACCUCAGGAAUGGAGUCAACGAUAUCAAGGGCCACAAGUGGUUUGCCACCACUGAUUGGAUCGCCAUCUACCAGAGGAAGGUGGAAGCUCCCUUUAUUCCUAAGUGCAAAGGCCCUGGUGACACAAGCAACUUUGAUGACUACGAGGAAGAGGAAAUCAGAGUCUCCUUCACAGAGAAGUGUGCAAAGGAGUUUUCUGAGUUCUAGAUUCCAACCAUGAGUAGUGGAGAGAGAGAGAGACAGGGUUUUAGAAAGUAAAAGGGGGUCGGAAGGAAGGAAGCUAGGGUGGACUGCUAACUUGCUUAUUUGUAAUGACGACAACAAUGUAAAACCUCCCCAACGGAAAGGUAGGCAAAGUGAAGAAAGAUCCAACAGAACCAGCAGUGUUGCCUUUUCUGAUUGUUUCUCAACUGUUACCUAUUCAUUUUAUUUAUCCCUCUUGUGUUUGUGACAGGGGCUCGAGGAGAUCAGGCAUAGGUUGUGGCUGUCCAGCUAUACUUGUAUCUUUCUAAUAGUGUAAUGACAUGUUUUUAGUCAGCAGGUUGAGGCAUUGGUUUUCUGUUAAGGUACUGAAUCUGCUAGGCUCCUUUUUUUUUCUUUUUUUUUUUUUGAAUGGGCCCUCUCUACAAGCUUCUCAAAGAGUGAUCGUUGUAUCUUGUCACCCUGGUUCCCCCUCCAUCUCUCCACCCUGAAUCUGUCCAAGCAAUACCAAGUCCAACAGAUGUGCCUAUCACAAUGCCAACUGGUUGGAAAACUGUGUCGAAAGCAUUGGUGCAGAGCUUUGGCUAUGGUGGCAUCAACCCUUUGUUUCCAUUUGGUUUAAAGCUUGAAAACUUUCUGCACCUACCUUCGUCUGCUAAAUGUGGCAUGAUUAUUGGGUAGACGAUGCACUCACUGCUUGCAGUUAAAGCAGUGGUGACCUCUUUGAUCAGAGUAAAAAUGAUUUAUCACAGUAAACUUCAUCUAGGUCUUACUCCUUUUGGGGAUCUGUGAGAAAUGGUAAUCAUGGGGUUUGCAUUUAAGUCUGUCUUUCUCUUAGAUGAAUUUAUUAGAGCAUUUUAAGAAUCCUAUUGGUGAUCAUGUUGUCCUUUUAUGUCAAUCUCUGUGCUUGUGUGUUCUUUAGUGCUCAAGGGUGGGUUAAAAAGCUGUGGUUUCUCAACAACUAACAUUGUGGUCACACUCCUGACUAUUGUUUAUUUAAUUCAUAGUACAUUGUAAUACAUGUAUAUUGAGAUAGGAUAUAUAUAUAUAUAUAUAUAUAUAUAUAUAUAUAUAUAUAUAUAUAUAUAUAUAUAUAUAUAUAUAUAUAUAAUCUCCAUCUUUUUCAACAUUGUCUCAUAGCUGUGAAACUGAAAUUAAGAUUUCAUAAAUAAACAAAUAUAAAUUCUGCCAAAUUUGCAAAUUGAGAACAUUGCAAAGUUUUCUGUAUGUAACUAUGACGGUGGUGGAUUUUAAUACGCUAAAAAAGUAGCAAAACGUUUCAGCAAAAUGUGCAUGUUAUUUUUGUACAAUAUCACUUUUAAAGAAAGAUGGCAGAGCAUUAUGCUUUAUUUGUGCUGAGGUACAUGAAAUUGUGGAUAACAUGCUUAACUAUUAAAAUGGACUCUCGCCUGCUCUAUUUUGAAGAUGGAACAAGACUCAGUUCAAUGUGUCCGAAAGUUCUUCUGGGCUUUGUUCAGUAUUCAGUUUUAGGGCAAAAGAUAAUUGUCACUGAACUUAUGCUUCACUUUGAUAAUUGUUUUGUUUUUCCUUCCCAUUUUCUCUUGUAUAUACAGUACAUGUAACACCUUCAGAUAGAUUUGCAGUCCAACCAAAUUUUUGGGACUGUUGAGAUUGGAGUGUUUUCUUUCCGUUUUCCAGCUUUCUAUGUAACAAAUUAAACUAAGGAAGCUAUCCUAAAGCUAUCCCCUUUUGCAAAGUUUAUUUCUGUGGAUGCAAGACAAUCGCAAACCAAAUCUUACUGCUGGUUUGUUGACUGAACACUUGGUUUAUGGAAGGAUGUUCACCCACCCACCCACCCCCACCCCUCCUCCCCUCCAUAGGCCCUAGGUGCUAGACUUUGUCCAUCUCACUGAAAAGCUUCUGUGAAUUGUUAGAUGUGCAUCAAUUUGUCAUAAAGUCUUGUAACAUGACAUUUUUGAGAAUGUUUUUCAACUCUAAAUGAUUUCUGUAGGCUUGAGUAACUAUUUCCGCAGUCUCUUAUUGUAAUUGAGAUCAAACAGGAUACCUUUUUGAAUGUCUUGAAUGGUCUGAUGGAGAUGGUUUAAUACUGUUUGGAAACAUAAUGUGUAUUUUUUAAUAAUACAUGUUUCUCUGGUGAGCUUGGUUUUUCUUGCAUGUGGUAAAGCAACCCAACGGCAAGACAUCUCCUGGACCUGAAACUUGUUGAGAGAUCAUUAUUUCCACAGCCGACAGUCUCCUACGUUGUUUAACCUUUUGAUUUGUUUAAGCAUCACAUUGAACAAUGCAGUGGAUCACCAACCAACUUGUCCAGUCUUUUGCAAAUACUGAAGCACAUGCCACGUCCUUUCAAAUCUCCUAUUUAAUUGAUUUGUGCUAACUAUUUGAAAGACAUUAUGUAAUCCUUUGAAGAGAGCACAUGUAAUAUCUUUGGUAUUUAUGUUCUGACAAGUGACUAAAUCAGAGUUGGUGGGUGGAAGGCAUGGCCAUUUGAUCCACUUCAGACACUGAGGCCAUCACAAUGCUUAAAAAUGUUUGUCUCCCAUACAACACUUCUUGUCAAUUGUCUUUUAUUAUCCUCUAUCAGCUAAACACUAUCAACUGCUCUGUGCUAAUUUUGAGUUUUUCUCCUGUUUGCCUUCUAUUUUCAUCAAGUUUCCACACACUUCAUUCAAACAUAACACUUUUUACAUCUGAGAUGUUUUGCGUUCAUAUUUUCUAGUUGUAUUUUCAAAAAAAAGAAGCAAAAAAGCAAAAACAGAUCAUUAAUCCUUUCCUCAUGACCUGGGUACAGUGAUUGUGUAGUCUAUUGUACCUUUUGGGAAACAAUACUGUAUAUCCUUGCCUUUGACAGUCUUAACUAUCUUACCCUCUGGAGAACUUGACAGAUACCCUUAGAACACAAUGAGUAUGUUAAAAAAUAUACAUAAAGUAAUAUUUUGCAAAAUGUAUCAUUCCAAUAAACUUUUACUUGUUAAGACUACUA